AUGCCGUUGUCAACGAGGGGUUUCCCCGGGCAUAUUUCCGAAUCGCGUGUUGAAAAGAAGAUCGACUUGAUCGAGGAACGGCUGUCGAACAUUGAGGAGCUUUUGAGGAGUCUUACAAACCCUGGAAGCGCGCCUUCGUGGGACCCAACUAGGGCGAGGCACAUCACCCCGUCAGCUUCGACCAUAGGGGAUGCCUCCGCGCUCACUCAGGACGGCGCAGACUCAGAUUCUGCCUUUGAGGGGGACCUGUCACUAACGGCCCACACCAUGUUUGCCAGCGACUUCAUCGAAAAUGCCGUGCAGAGAACAUCACUUCAAGAUGUCCCACCAAAUAUGCACGCCGCUCUUUCAUCCCUGCGCCAGAUCGUUUCCAUGCAGAACAAGGUUUCGUCAACCAAAGAGUUCCGAUUUCGCUCGCAGCAGCCUCUCCCUCCUGGUGGCCUGCCUGAUCUACCCAUGCCGCCUAUGAAUGCUGUAGUUGCCUUGCUCAAACACAUGAAAGCUUCUCCCCCGGGAAUCUUCUCAUUGGCGUGCUCCUUUUUGGAUGUUGACGAUCUGGCAGAGCUCUGUCGUCGGGUAUACUUCUGCACUGACACCUUCGCUGACACCACUUUCAUCAUUGUCAAUGGUGCCCUCUUUUACUUGUUCAUGGAGCAGGCAUACCUGGCUUCCGAUGCCACUGCACGAGAGGAAUUUGAGAGGUAUCAAUACAUGUGUCAAAAUAAUCUGGAAACAGCCUUGGCUUGUCUGCCCUUAAUGUUGCCGGCGAAGGUGGAAAGCAUCGAGGCUCUGCUCGUGGCGGCUGUGUAUGCGGUCGAUGUAUCGAAAGCCUCUCUUGCUUGGUUAUUCACCUCUACUGCUGCCAGUCUCUGUCAAACGUUAGGAUACCACCGCGUUUCGCAGAGUAGGAGCGAAAGCGCUGGCCCCAGAGACAUCAAAACCUUGCUGUUCUGGCACGUAUACAUGCUAGACAAAACCUUGUCUUUGAGGACAGGAAGAGCUUCUGUAAUCCAAGACUGGGACGUCACGCUGCCGAGGAGAGUGGACAACACGAUGGUGGCGGAUCCAUGGGGAGUCGUUAUUACAACGUGGAUCAAACAAGCCGAGAUCCAGCACCGGGUCUAUGAACAACUGUAUAGCCCUUUGGCUCUGGGCCAGUCUCAAGAGGAGCGCCUGGAAACAGUUCGCCGUCUUGAGGCCGAGCAAAAGAGCAUCAUGGCCGCGGCUUCACACGUGCGGGAACAGGCACUUUUCGGCCUGAAAGCGCUCAAUGCAUCGUCUAUUCUAGACAUCCAUCUCCGUGGCGACGAGCUCACCUUUCAGUCAACCUUGACCCUGAUAUAUCGAGCCCUUCCCGCCCCCGAAGGAUCCUCGACCCGGUUCUCACAGGAGUGCAUCGAGACAGCUCGUUUUGCCAUGCAAUUGCAUCUUGAAUGCAUGCAAAGAAUCGCCGAAGAGGGGCGUCACCUGAAAGCCGUCUAUAUCCAUUGGGCGAUAUUGCUGACGCCGUUCACACCGUUCUUCGUACUUUUCUGUCACGUGAUCGAUACGUCCAGUGCGGAGGACCUCAAGCGACUGAACGAUUUUGUUGCCUCUCUGCGACCAGCCUGCGCGCUAUCAGAACCGGUGGAAAAGCUACACCAGCUGUGCCAGAUGCUCUACAACGUGGCGGUUCUCUACGUAGAGACAAAGUCGCAGCAAUCGGAGGAGAGAGGUCCCAUAAAUGAUGAAUUCGAUGUGUACCUCAGCGCGCUUGGGUUCCCACCGACCGAAUUUCCCAUCCAAGGGAUCGAAACCGGCGGUAUUUCUCAGCCAACAAUGCAAACUGCGCAGCUAGGAAACUGGUUCUCGGGAAGCCAGUACAUGAUGGGGCUACUCGAGGAGGACUUAUCUCAAUUCACUUAG